GUUCAGAUGGUUUUACCUUCAGAACCAAAGAGCAGAGAAGAUUUUCUGCAGUAUUUCUGUUAUCUGACUCUGGACCCAAACACAGCACAUCCUCAUCUCAUUCUGUCUGAGAAGAACAGAGUGGUGACAUGGAGUGAGACACAACAGCGAUACUCUGAUCAUCCAGAGAGAUUUGACUUCUGGACUCAGGUGUUAUGUAAGGAGAGUGUGUGUGGACGCUGUUACUGGGAGGUGGAGUGGAGCGGUGAUGUGUUCAUAUCAGUGUCAUAUAAAGAGAUCAGCAGGAAAGGACUGGGUUAUGAGUGUGUGUUUGGAUUCAACAGUCAGUCCUGGAGUCUGGAGUGUUUUUCUUCCUCUGUCUCUUUCUGGCACAACAACAUUGAGACUGAGCUCCGAGGUCCAUCAUCCUCCAGAAUAGGAGUGUAUGUGGAUCACAGUGCAGGAACUCUGUCCUUCUACAGCGUCUCUGACACCAUGAGGCUCCUCCACAGAGUCCACACCACAUUCACUCAGCCUCUAUACGCUGGAGUCUGUAUGUGUUAUAUUAAGUCACCUGUGAGGUUUUGUGAUCCAAAAUAAAAUGUUAGUAAAAGUUUUCAAUAAAAUUCUUUUUUUUUAAAAAUGUGA